AUGGAUAGAAGACCAUCAGGAUUUUUAAAAAUACCACCAAUUGGUUCACGAUCUGUUCUAAUUGCUAUCGAUGGUUCAGAACAUUCUAAAACAGCAUUUCAAUAUUAUUUAAAAUGGUUACAACGACCAGAUGAUGCAGUGACUAUUUAUCAUGCAGUGGAACCUGUUUCAUUACCAACUAUUUCAUUAUCCAAUCCAAUUAGUAUACCAAGUGAUGAAUGGUCUAAUCUUGUACAGACAAAUGUUAAACGUGUACGUCAUUUAGAAGAUGAUUAUAGCGCGGAUUGUUUAGCGCAUAAUUUAACAUUUCAAUUUUUAUAUGAACCAGUUGAGCAUAUUGGUGCAGCGAUUGUACAAAAUGCUGAAAAAUACAAUGUCAACUUAAUUAUUGUUGGUAGUCGUGGAUUGGGUGCAAUUAAACGUACAAUUAUGGGUAGUGUUAGUGAUUAUGUGGUACAUCAUGCAAAUACUGCAGUAUGUGUGAUACCGUCAAUUUUAAUAGAACAAAAGAAUUCAUCGAAUAAAAGUUAA